AUGGUGAAGUCCUGCUGUGUCGUGGGAUGUGUUGCCAAGGAUGUCACAUACUUUAGGUUCCCCAAUAGUCGGACCCGAUGCAAGAGGUGGAUGGAGGCGAUCAAACUGGCCUCCAAACCCUCGGACAAAUCCAUGGUGUGCAGUGCUCACUUUCACCCGGACGACUAUGAUUUUGUCAGAGGAAAAAUCCGGUUAAAGCCGAAGGUAGUGCCUAGCAUGAUUCAGAGUGAACAACCAAAAACGAACCAAGCAAACUUUCGUCCCAGUAAUAAUACCCAUAACAAUGAUGAUCAGGAAUACAGAAUACAGUGUGACAGACUUGAUAAUGAUGGCUCGAACAACAAGAAUGAUACAACAUCACAUAAAAAGAAACAAACACAAGAGAAGGAAAUUAACAGGACAGGAGAGGAUGUUAACAUUUGUACAGGAAGAUCAAGUAUAGAUAAAGCAAAAUUGUUAGAGAGUGUCACAGAAACGGUGAAACCCAGUUUGAACACUGAGAUAACAAUAACAGAAAAAGAUGAUAUAGAAGAUAUACUGACAUACUUCCACAUAAAGCAGAACAAGCAGGUCGUUGAGCGACAGGACGCAGAAUUACAGAGGGAAAAGAACAAACAGGAGAGUGCAAGAGUAAUCGGAGAAGAAAGAGAUGUCAAUGGUGUGAUUGAUUUGGCUUCGUUUGAGACGGAGGCCAAACCUGUGUUUAUAGAGAUAUCUACGGAUCAAGAUAAACCGAACGGCAGGGGUUCUGGGAGUCCGCGUGAUUGUCUGAUGGUGCUCGAAAGUGUCCAAGUGGAUUUGGACCCCAGUGAACUGAUGCUGCCGGAUAAGAGGGAAGAAAUUGAAGAGGACGAAGCGGAGGCGAUUGUGAUAUGUGAUAAGCCCGAUGACCCGAUCAGCCUGCUCACCUCGAGCGACGAAGAUGAUGUGAUAAUCCAGGAACCACACAUCGAAACUGUCGAGGUGUCCGACGAAACGGACGAGGACGAUGUGCCUCUAGUCAAGCUGGUAAAGACCAAGUCGAAAAAGAAGAAGAAACGCCUGAACCCAUUCUUCAGGAAGAGCAAGUGGGGCGAUUACCUUUACAACUGCACGGAGUGCCAGUACAGAAGCGACAACAAAUUUGAGUAUGAGGAGCAUGUUACGAAGCACUCCACCGUGAUCCACAUGUGCCACAUUUGUGAAUACAUCACGGCCAGCAAGGCUCUGUUCACUAAUCACCAGAAGAAACACAAAGAAGAUAAGUGCUACGAGUGCCACCUCUGCGGCUACAAGGCCAGGCACAAAUUGAGCCUGACCUACCACAUGAAGUCACACAACAGUGUUGGUGAUUGUGUUGAAAGUGUCAGUGAGCGUGAAAUUCCCAAAAGUAACAGUGAAAGAACUAAACGGAGAAGGUCGAGACGUAAGGAGCCUAGUGAUGUACAGAAAUUAAUUUGUUCUUUGUGCGGUUACUCGACUAAGUCAAAAACGAACCUUAAAAAUCACAACAGUGCAAGGCACAAAGUUAACUACAGUUAA